AUGGAGAUUUCACAGUGCAAUGGCGAACCACCAUGUCCGUCCUGUGUAAGACGCAAAACAGAAUGUGUUUUUACUCAACGAGAAACUGGUAUUGUGGAGAAGCAGAGAGCCGAUCUCGAUCGUCUGCGCAAGGAGAACAAUGACUUGCGCAUGCAACUCGCAAGCGGGAACUUGAAGACUGUCGACGGCCUCGAGUCAUCUUCAAAUGAACAAGCCCUCGUCCCCUUCCAUCAGAUCGAAGCAGCGAAGCCUAGCGAGGCUGCAAUGGCUCCGCUACAGAUGGUAAUCACUACGGAAGACAUCGAUGUGCCGUCAAGCCAAAGUUUGGAGUUUGAGCUCAUGGCUCGGUACUCCUUUGGGUACUUGACACCAUUGAUUUACAACAAGAUGUCUGUGACGACUUUUCGUCCAGCAAGUGACUCUCCGAUGUACACGCCCAGUCGCGACAGCCGAACCGGCUCAAUACUGAGCAACGACCAGUCUUCAAUCUCCCCAACCGAACGUCACGGACCUCACACAGCGCUUUCGCCCAACGACUCCAUUGGAGAUCUCUACACGGUCUGCGACGAACGAUUGAGGCACUUCGAGGUGCAUCAAUGGCUUCAGACCGAAGUUUCCACUGUACUCGCGUCUCGGGCCAUAUCGCAUUAUCUCGUUACAGAUCAUCCGACACUGGGCCUGUUCGAUGCUGACCUCUUCCUCGGAGAUCUCGUAUCUCGCAAGACCGAGUUUUGCUCACCUCUACUCCUCAGUGCUCUUCUCUCCUUGGCAUGUCAAGGAUAUACCGCAUUCGAGCCCCAGGCUGCCGGGUUAAGUCACGAGUUCUUCGCCGAGGCAGAGCAAUUGUAUAACGAAGAGAAGACAGUCGCGCCACAGUAUGGUACUGCCAUCAUGACAGUGGCCGCUCUUCAACUCAUGAGUGUGGCUGCGACGUGUCACGGCCGCCAGGCAAUCGCACAUCAAUAUCUACAUUAUGGGAUCCAGCUUGCAGGUGACAAUGGGUUGUUGGCCGUAAACGAGGGGCAAUCUGCCAGAAGUUGGUUGGACGACCAUGUCCUCUGUGUUCGAGCUGCCUCGCACACAGCUUGGGGAACGUUUUGCAUGGCAACACUUCGUGGGAUGAAUUACCACCGAUCUUAUAUCGACAUACAGCCAUGGCUCCCAAUUCCAGGCACUGUCAUUGAGCGUACGAACGCUGAGUCUAUUGCGUUCCAUCUGCCAGACUAUAUGGGUCAAAGUUUCACCCAACUAUGCAGACUUACGCCUAUAAUCCGCGAGAUACUGGGACAAUACUACGACAGCGGAGAUCGCAUCGCGCCUACACUCCGCAGCUCUCCAGAAUUUGCCGAGAAAAUAUACAGCAGGCUGCUGGCAUGGUCAGACACACUGCCUCUGAGCAUGUCCCGGGCUCAGAACAUGCCUCACCAUGCUGCAGUCCUCCACAUUUGUCUGCAUACGGCCAUCGCUGACCUCUUCCGACCACUGCUCUACCGCACUAUACCCCGCCCGCUGAAUGUAGGCCGAUGUACCGCAGACAAACGGACGUCAGAAGACGUAUACAUGGCCUCGAUCAACCAACUCAAGCACCUCGUCCUAAUUUUCCGAACACAAUACGACUGCUCCCCCAGAUCGCACACAUGGCAAAACGCGCUGUUGUACGUCGCGAAUGCCUGCGUUCCCCUGCACUCCAGCCUAUCCCACACGGCACAACUCCAAGAUCCGAGCGUGGACGUGGAGGCGAGCAGGAAGAUCGAGGGCAUAGCUCGCCGGAAGUGGUUCCUGGCUUGUGUCGACGGCUACAAAAAUCUGGCCUCGAACUUCGUCUUCGUCCAGGAAAUAUUGACGGGCCUGCUCAGCAUGGCCGUUAUGAGGGGCAUAGUCACCACCUCUGAGGUGGACACUAUCUUGGAGGUGGUGAGGGUCGACGCGCCACACUUUCCUCAGGUUCACCUCCAGCAACAACGACCACACGCUGGUCAGGCUUCUUCAGCAGGCGGCGUGGAAAGCCCACUGUUUGAGAGGUUUGGGGAAGGAAAUUCGUUCAUUGUUGACCUCAAUCUGGCAGUGAUGCAUCCAGAUGGCGCGUCUGUCACGGCUACGACGCAGAGUCUUAGCAAUAUGAAUCUGAGUAUGACGCAUGGAUCGGUAGAGCAAUAA